CCGUUUCUAGUCGCCGGGAAAGAGCAUCCUAAGUAUGGGAGGCCGAAUAUUUUGAAUUUGAAGUAUCUUGAUGAGGUUGCUCGCAUAAAUCAGUUCAUAAUUCACAACAUCACUGUGCCAGUGGACAUCGAUGGGAAGCACUAUGAGGUAAGUGGCUUAUACCGACUUAUGUAUGUCUUUCGACUGGGCCUGUUACCUGAACGACCACUUGACGAUGUUGAUGCCCAAAAGCCGAUGGGGCAACUUCAGUGGGCCGAUUGCUGA